AUGCCUGUGUUUUCAUUGCAGAAUGAUGAGUUGGAGUUUGUCCGAACUGGCUAUGGGAAGGAUAUGGUAAAAGUUCUCCAUAUUCAGCGAGAUGGAAAAUAUCACAGCAUUAAAGAGGUGGCAACUUCAGUGCAACUUACUCUGAGUUCCAAAAAAGAUUACCUGCAUGGAGAUAAUUCAGAUAUCAUCCCUACAGACACCAUCAAGAACACAGUUCAUGUCUUGGCAAAGUUUAAGGGAAUCAAAAACAUAGAAGCCUUUGGUGUGAAUAUUUGUGAGUAUUUUCUUUCUUCUUUUAACCAUGUAAUCCGAGCUCAAGUCUACGUGGAGGAAAUCCCUUGGAAGCGUCUUGAAAAGAAUGGAGUUAAGCAUGUCCAUGCAUUUAUUCACACUCCCACUGGAACACACUUCUGUGAAGUUGAACAACUGAGAAGUGGACCCCCCGUCAUUCAUUCUGGAAUCAAAGACCUCAAGGUCUUGAAAACAACACAGUCUGGAUUUGAAGGUUUCAUCAAGGACCAGUUCACCACCCUCCCUGAGGUGAAGGACCGAUGCUUUGCCACCCAAGUGUACUGCAAGUGGCGCUACCACCAGUGCAGGGAUGUGGACUUCGAGGCUACCUGGGGCACCAUUCGGGACCUUGUCCUGGAGAAAUUUGCUGGGCCCUAUGACAAAGGCGAGUACUCGCCCUCUGUGCAGAAGACCCUCUAUGAUAUCCAGGUGCUCUCCCUGAGCCGAGUUCCUGAGAUAGAAGAUAUGGAAAUCAGCCUGCCAAACAUUCACUACUUCAAUAUAGACAUGUCCAAAAUGGGUCUGAUCAACAAGGAAGAGGUCUUGCUGCCAUUAGACAAUCCAUAUGGAAAAAUUACUGGCACAGUCAAGAGGAAGUUGUCUUCAAGACUGUGA